AUGAUCGUGUUAUGGAUAACACUGCUUUGUCUUCAUCCAGUAUAUAUGCUGCUUCCAGUGAAAACAGUUCAUCUUGGUGAACCAGCCACAUUUACAUGUGUUAUACCAAACACAGAAUUCAGCAACAGAGGAAUCUACUGGUACAAGCAGAGUGUUGGAGAUUAUCUUAAUAUAAUUGUAACAUUGUUUAAAUCCGUAACAGAGUACGCACCAAACGUUUCAAAAUCAAGAUUUGACUUAUGUACUGAUGACAGUUUUAGUAACCUGACCAUUUUGAGCACAGUUGAAGAGGAUGAAGGAAUGUACCACUGUGGAGUCAAAGAGUGGAUAAAGACUAAAUGGAGUGGGACAUAUUUGUUAGUAGAAGGAAACACUGAGAGGACUGUUGUUCAGACAGUAUCAUAUCCAGUCCGUCCAGGAGACUCAGUGACUCUCCAGUGUUCAGUCCUCUCUGACUCUGAGGACAAGACGUGUCCAGGAGAUCUCAGUGUGUUCUGGUUCAGAGCUGGAUCACAGACAUCUCAUCCAAACAUCAUCUACACUGACGGAGAUAUGAGUAAUAAAUGUGAGAAGAGAUCUGAGCCUCAGAAGAGAUGUAUCUACAGCUUCUCUAAGAACGUCAGCUCCUCUGAUGCUGGGACUUACUACUGUGCUGUGGCCACAUGUGGAGAGAUAUUAUUUGGAAAUGGAACUAAACUGGAAGCUGGUAAACAUCAAACAGCAAGUUCUGUGUUAGUUAUUGUGUUGGUGGUAGCAAUCAUCUGCUUGGCCAUUUCUAUGAUUAUAAAUCUAAUUUUCAUCUGUUGUCGAACUCAGAAAAGACAUUAAGGUAAGUGUAGUUUACUUACUUUGUUUGCCUCCUGUUUGUUCAGGGAACACUGAAUACUACAACUAAGAUCUGUUCAGUUUUGAUGUGCUUUUCCUCUUGCAGUUGUGAAGUGAGUUGAGACCUCGGCUGACCAACAGCCUAAAAGUCCGGUACUAAGUGUGUGAUCGGAACUUGAAUUAAUAGAAUAUAAGAGUAUGAUACUAUGAUUGAAGAAUAAUUUUUAUUAAACAUGUUGAUUUUCAGUGAUUGAAUGUUAUACACAGAGUGUAAGAUGAAUAAUAGUGGAAGCAAUGUAACCAAUGUUUGUGAAAUCAGGAACAGAAUAAGAAAAACAGGAUACAGAUUUCAGGCAGUAGGGGCAAAAAGGGGAACUGAAACCUGUUGGCCUGAGGGCAGGUCAGGACAUGUCCAAAUACACAGUUAGUGGAAAAGUACAGAAGAUGAACUAAUUUCCAAGUAUUAAUUAAUAAUAUAUGAAUGUAACACCCUUAUUGGACAAAAGUGAUGGGAUGAUGAUUAGCCAUAGUGAUGUAUGGGAGAUAGGAUGUGUCUCGGUUUAAGGAUGUAAAAGAUGAAAUGCAGAAGUAUUUUACGGGAGAGGAGACCAAUUGGAGUACAUUUGUGAAGGAUUUAAGGGAUUACCAAAGGACAGAAACAUCAUUCAUUUUUGAGUUAUAAUUUGAUAAGGAUAUUACUGAUUAAAUAUUAUAUGAUUGAAUUUGAAUUGAUUAUCUGAAAUCUAAAUAUUAUUUUAACAAAUAUCUGAUUUUGGUUUUGAUUGAUUUAUUGAGCUGUUGCAAUUGCUAAAGCUGAACCUGCAAAUAAAAUUUGGCU